GAACAAUCGUUAAAACUCCCUCCAGUUUCGUCAUAUAACCGCAUGCUGAUACAUCGAGUAGCCGUCUUGUUCGGGCUGGAUCACAACGUUGAUAAUAGUGGAAAGUGUGUGGUGGUAUCGAAGACAUCGAAAACCAAACCGCCGGAUUUUUUGUUCGCUAGUUUAAUCCAGAGUAAUGUCUACACUGAUAAUAGGAGAUAUCCUAAUUACAUCAGCUAUAUGGAGGUGGGUCCUGGAGAUGUUAUGCAACGAAGGGCCCAGUCGUUUGAGACUGGAUAUCUGUAUCCAAGUGCCGAUCCAGAUAUAUUGAACUCUAAAAGAAAAAUAACAACAAAAUUACUUUCCAUGCACUUUGAGGCACCUACUUGGGCACAAGCAAAUCAACGAUCUUUCGAGAAACAACCUCCCUAUUCCUAUCAAAUGGGCGUUAUGGAUCGUGGCAGUAUGAUGAGGGUGAGCAAGAAUUAUUAA